AUAAUAAAGCAAUAUAUUUCUCGAAGCCUUAAAAAAGAAGAUUCUGUUGUGUUCUGUUAAAACCUGCCAACCCCAUGUGCUUCAAAUCAUAGUUAAUGGAUCGCUUCACCCGCAAAUUCAGGCUUCUUCUUCUUGCAUGGCUGCAUCGAUCUCGUUCUGGCCCGAUAUCUUUGGUAAGGCGUUUUUCUUACAAGGAAAUUAAGAGAGCAACGGAUAGUUUUCACAGAACAUUUUACAGAAAUUCCCAUGGGGCUGCUUAUAAAGCAAGAUUUCAAGAUGGUGAGGUUGCUUUGGUAAGAGAAGUGCAAGCUUUUAAUGUAGAAAAAGAUGUCUUCUACAGAGACGUGCAACAAUUGGGGCGUUUACAUCAUCGCAACCUUCUUGCACUUCGAGGGUUUUCUGCCGGACGUAAGAGGUAUCUUGUGUUUGAUAACAUAGAAAAUGGAAGCUUGAAAGAACAUCUUAAUGAUCCUCUUAAAACCCCCUUAAAUUGGAAGACGAGGCUUCAAAUAGCCAUUGGUGUGGCAGCUGCACUGGAAUAUUUGUUGCUCUUUAGUAACCCACCAAUAUAUCAUGUCUCCAUCAGCUCAAGCAGUAUUAUGUUAGACGAAAACUUCACUGCAAAGGUCUCUGAUGUUGGCAUUCUUAGUUCUGUUGGAAAUUAUGUCAGAGUGCCUAACAACUCAUGUCCAGAAGAUCUUAGGAGUCAGCAUUGCAGUAACAUAAUAUUUCAGCUUGGCGUGCUGAUCCUGGAGCUAAUAACUGGGCAGUCAUCAGAGGAAGGAGGUGAAGAUUUAAUCCAAUGGAUCCAAGAAUCGUGCUUGGGCAGUUCAAUCCCUAGGAUGAUAGACCCAGAUCUUGGGAAUAAUUAUGAUUCUAGAGAGCUUAAAAAGCUUCUAGCUGUAGCAAGAUUAUGUAUUAAAACUAAGGAUAAGCCAACAUUUUCAAUCCCACAGAUAUCUCGGUAUCUCCAGAAGAAGGUAGAUGUUCCAAGGCAACAGUAUCUGCGCCCUCAGGUUUCUUUUAUAUGAAGUUUUCAUCUUAUAUGAAAUCAAGUUAUUUGUUUCGUUUUAACUGUUGCUCUUUUCUUUUAUAUAUAAAACUAGGUAGAACAUUGACAAUAA